UGGUAGAUGCUAUAAUCGUAUUGAGUUCGAGAGUAAUUCUUAUUCGUAAAUUAAAUACUUUCUAAAAUCCAAGAAAUAAGAAAUCAUUGAUCUUUCUAUGACUAACAAAAGCUACUUGUAGAAUUGUUUCUUUUACUAGUUCUCCUACAUUGCAAUUUAAUUGCAUGUCUGCAGUUUACAAACGGUACGACGCAGUCAAUCUGUAUGCAACUAUUACGCAUCACCUCGACUAUGUCUUUCCAAGGAUCACCUUAUUCGGGCCCUGGGGAUGAAUACGACUUUGAGGACGAUGGGUAUGACGAUAUCGAUGAGUAUAGAGAUCCAGCGGAUGCAUUACUGCCUUCUCUAGUAGACGACAGCGACGAAGAUACAGAGGAAGCAAGUGAAGCAGAGCUGCCUAAUAAUGAUGAACCUCAAGAACUCAAGGAACAGAUGUACCAAGAUAAGUUGAUGAAUCUUAAAAAGCAAUUACAACAACUAGAAGAAAAUAUUUAUCCAGAGUUUACAAGAAGAGUGAAGCGCCUGGAACAUCAACUACAUGAGCGGUUACGCCUCAAUAAAAUCUAUAAAGAACACAUGUAUGAAGUUGUUGAAAGGGAAUACAUUGCAGAGAAAAAAGCUGCGGCUAAAGAAUUUGAAGAUAAAAAAAUUGAACUAAAGGAAAACCUGCUUAAAGACUUGGAAGUGAAACGAAAUGCAAUUGAGAGUGAGAGAAAUAACAUGGAACUGAAUGGUGAUUCUAUAGAGGUGAAGCCCCCAAUGAAGCGAAUAUUGAGAAGACGCGCAAAUGAACCUGCGCCAGCGCCUGAAAAGCGACGUAAACCGCUCGCUACUACACUUACUUUCCAGCUUGAUGACAGAGACAUAGACGCUGACCUUAGGGCCAUUUCUCGGAGUUCACCACCCAGACACCACUCACAUAAUUCAACACAACCCAGGAAACAUCUCAACUCAAAUUGUGAGUCUCCAGUCCGUGAAUCGCCCCCAGAACGCGAAACGGCAGAUACUCGAGUUGAAGACGGGAAGCUAUUGUACGAGCGCCGGUGGUUCCAUCGUGGGCAAAGUGUUUACGUGGAGGGAAGAGAUAUGCCGCGUUUCCCAGCGCAUAUACACGCCAUUACCGAUGAAGCGGUGUGCGUUAAGAAGACGAAUUCGGAACGUGUACGAAUCUUUGUAUCACAACUCGCCAGAGGUAAAGUGACGUUAAAAAGGCGCGCUUCAUAAUUUUAAGGAUUGUGUAUAGUUGUAUAUAUUAUAUUAUAUAUUGAGCGCGUGUCCUGUAUAGUAAAGAAUCCUUAGCGAGAACGAUAUCUAAAAUUGUGAACGUAAUAGAAUAAUGCUCUUUCGCAUCUUCAGUGACGUUCCGUGGGCGUAUUUGGCGUAACUCUAUAAAAGUAUAAAAAUGUUCAGCUGCGGUCUGCGGUCGUUUUUGGAACAUUACUGUAUCACUUAUUUAUACCUUUGUUAUGUUGUCGUUUAUAUGUAUUUUGCCUUAAAAGUAUGAGUAGCGUUACAUUGACGUAUUUAUUUUGUAAAAGUAAGUAGAACGUACGCACGCAUUUAUAACAUAAUGCAAUAUCUCUAACAACAUUCUUCUUUAAAUGAAUUCUAAGUGUGUAUGUGUGGUCGUAUUUGGAAUAAGACUGUAGCUCUUUAUAGUAAAAUACAAUUUCUUUCGUAUUGUCAAUUGGCUUUAUAUAGGCAUACAUGAUAAGUUUGUGCUAAGGGUACUCAGAUUACGUUUGGCCAAUAUUUGGUCAAAAACUAUGUUUUAUUUUUGUAGAAGACUAAGAUCUUUUAUUGUAAUUUUACGCACUUUUAUUUAAAAUACAAGUCGUAUGGCUCGAAUUCUAAAAUGAACUUAUUGAAAAUAUUCAACAGUUCGUUGUGGGAGCAUUUCCGUUUUAGAGUACGGGUUUAUUAGUCUAAUAACUUAUGAAAUUGAAAAAUUUGUCUCUCAUAGGAAUUUUGGUUAGUAUUUUACCCUGCUUUAAGCCGAAUUGGUUCAUUGCUUCACUAUAAAAUAUAAUAUAAAACUAAACAGUAUUUGUUUCAAAGUCUUUAAUUAGACACAAAACCACGAUACACGAACUCUGAAGUACUUCAAAUUGAACACUUAUGUCGUCUGUCGUCUCUUUCUGCCAUAUUGUGUUAGCCCUGUGAUGAAACGACACAGAUGACAUUAAUUUAAAAUGUUUCAUCAGACUAACCUGAAGAACUGAUUUAGUUCUGAAUAAUGGAUACAUAUUGUAAACUUUACUCUUUAAACGGAAACUGCUUUGUAUCACUCGUUACAUAUUUAAUAAUAUGAAUGUGUCUAAUAUUCUAUAAGCUUAUAGUUCGUUUUAACUUACGUAUGGUACGUUUUCAUUAACGUAAAUUAACGUAGCGUGGGACUAUAAAAUAUUUAAGGCGAAGAGAUGUAAAGGAGAUCGCGAAAAUAGUUGUAUGUUUAAUAAAGUUGUUUUAUUUAACUAAAAUAUGUGAUCUCACGUGUUGUAUUUAAAAAUCAACUAAAAGAAGUUAUUUUUGACAGUUUUUAAUAGUAAAUUGUAAAUAUUAUAACUAUGAGAUGAAUCUUUUACAAUAUAUCAGAACUAAGAUCUUUAUUAAAUGAUAUA